CAAGAUAAUCGUUGACAAUGCCGCUCAUUGCUAUUUAGUGUAUUUUAUUGUGGUAAAUAAUUUAUAAUAACUGACAAUUGUCCACAGUAAUGUCCGUUUGCACAUCCGCUGAAAUAGCCGAAAAGCGGCGCAUUGCAAUGGCCAAGCUGCAGGCGAAAAAGGCGCACGUACAGUCCGCCAACUCAAGUACAACAACAGCAGCAACAAGUGCAAUUGAACAAUUGAGCGCCAAGACAGCAGCGUCCAAGUUUUACAAUUCGCCGCCACAAAACAACAACAGCUCCAACUUUAAUAACAACAACAAAAACAGCAAUAAGAGCUCCGCCUUUCUGAAUGCCCUCAAAGCCAUCAAGUCCACAAGUUCCCGGGAACUAAGUCGUGCUGCAGCUCAUCCUUAUCAGCGUCCCAAUGGAGCAAGCAAACCCAUAUUAACGCUCUGUCCAGUGACACAAAAUCCAUCUGCUACCUUGGCACCGGUAAUUGUCAAAUCCAUCACCUGCCGAGUAUACUUGAUAAGUGCCAAGAGAUUUGCCGUAGACGCCUCGGGUUACCAUGAGAAGCUCAUUGAAGUGUUUAAGCGAAUGCCAACGAAGUCCUAUGAUAGUCAAACACGCAUCUGGAAUUUUGACUUGACGGAUUACCAUUCGCUGCAGCAGCAUGUGGGCGAUCUUAAGCCACAUGUUGUCAUUGGCACGAUACCAAAGAAAAUCAUUGAGAUGUGUCAACAGACUCCCAAGCGGAUGGAUUACAGCGUGUUGGCUUCCAUUAACGCCACGUUGGCCGACAAGUUGAUGCCCUUUCAGCAGGAGGGCGUAUGCUUUGCCAUAAGUCAACAUGGACGUGUUAUGAUCUGUGAUGAAAUGGGCUUGGGCAAGACAUAUCAAGCUCUGGCUAUUGCCGACUUUUUCAAGGAGGAUUGGCCACUGCUCAUCUGCACCACGGCCAGCACACGCGACUCUUGGGCCCGGCACAUUGCCGAUCUUUUGCCAUCGGUGCCGGUACACUAUGUCCAAGUGCUGGCCAACAAUCAGACUUAUGUGGCGGAUGCCAAAGUAUUGAUUGCCAGCUACAACAUGAUGGAGCGCAACAUGGACAAGCUGCUGCAGCGUGCAUUUGGCAUUGUCAUUUACGAUGAAUCCCAUACACUCAAGAACGGCAAAGCCAAGUGCACCGUGGUGGCGAAGCGUCUCGCCGAGAAAGCCAAGCGUGUAAUCCUGCUGUCCGGCACGCCAGCCUUAUCACGUCCCCUUGAGCUCUUCACCCAACUGCACUUGGUCGACAGUCGCUUUAUGAAUUUCAUGGAAUUCACCUCUCGUUAUUGUGAUGGCAAGCAGACAACUUUCGGUUGGGAUGCCAAUGGCCAAUCAAAUCUGGAAGAACUGAAGGUCAUUUUGAUGCUUAAAUAUAUGCUAAGGCGCACCAAGGUUGAGGUGUUACCGCAGCUAGCCGAAAAGAAUCGAGAAACAGUUGUGCUGGAUCCAGUGCUGGUGUGGACUAAUGAUGAUGCCAAAACAAGUAUAAAUGAUCUAAAUACGGAGCUUCAAUCAGCCAAGGGUCGAUCUAGAGAGGAGGUCUUACUGCGCUUCUAUGCUCGAACUGCAGAGGUCAAAACAAGAGCAGUGUGCUCCUAUCUCAAGACAUUAAUUAAGGAGAACAUUAAGCUUAUUAUCUUUGCACAUCAUCGAGUAAUGCUGGAUGCCAUUAGUGAUUGUCUGACUGCACUUAGAGUGAAUUACAUUCGGAUCGAUGGACAAACCCGGAGUGAUCUCAGAGCUGACUAUGUAGACACCUUUCAAAAGAAGAGCAACUGCAAGGUCGCGGUGCUUUCACUAAAAGCCUGCAAUUCUGGCAUUACGUUGACCGCAGCCGAAAUGAUUGUAUUUGCCGAGUUGGACUGGAAUCCCAGUACUUUGGCGCAGGCAGAAAGUCGGGCUCAUCGUAUUGGUCAAACAAAACCAGUGGUGUGUCGUUAUUUGAUGGCCACUCAAACUGCAGAUGAUACCAUCUGGAAUAUGCUGAAGAGCAAGCAAGAGGUGCUCAGCAAAGUGGGCAUCUUUGCGGAGAAUCUUCAGCAGGCAACGCACACAGCAGCACCGACAACGUCCCAAAGAAUUGAUCAAUUUUUCUCACCCGCCAAAUCAGCAGAUGUACAGGCUAAAACUAGCACAAUGCAAAAAUACUUUUCCCCACAGCCGGCAACUUCGACGACAAGUGAAGCAAACCAUAAUGCUAAGAACCAUAAGACAGAUUCGGGUCAGGAUAUAGCUUCAUUUUUCACUGAAGAUGAUGAUGAUACAUUUAAGGAUUUGAUUUUCUAAUUAAUUAUACGAACAUAGAAAAUUCCAUCUGCAAAUGUAAAAAUGUGGAUACGGAUCAAUGAAGAUACACGUAUAAAGUCAAUCUGUUUUGAUUUUCUGAUUGAUUUUUGUUAAUGAUAUUAAUUGUAAAGAUAAUGGAUACGAAUCAGGAAAUGCUUUCUAAGAUUAUAUAAUAAGUUAAAUUCAAUCUCUAAAUAUGAAGAACGUGGGUACGAUUCAGGAUACAGCAGCAUUUUUUGAUUUUCUGGUAGUUUAGUUUUCUUAAUGUAAUUAUACAAAUGCACAAAAUGCAAUCUGUAAAUGUGAAGAAUAUGUCUUUCAGUUUGUCUUUCAUUUGAACAGAUAAGACAAAAGUAAUUAUUGGAUGAUCUAUGCAUCCAUUCCAUUUGUUAGGCAUUGUUUAUCUUGUAUUCUCGAGUUAUUUCCACGCAUGCUCUUUAGCGAGUGAGGUAAAUAUAGCUUGGGAGUCGUCCCUGGCAACAACUCAAAUAAAUAAAUAUAUAAAUUGUCUGGA